CCCACUCCCUCUCUUUCACACACACGCUCUCACACUUCCACUCUCUUGCGUCCAAGUCGUGGCCAUGGAGAACCAACGCAUCCUGUCCUCGUACCGCAAGCGUUUCGGGCCCCAGGCGAGCCCCUCCGGGUUGGGGUUGCGCCACUCCAGCGUGCGCCACUCCAGCGUGUCCCUCCACAGCACCCCGCGGCACCUGUCCCUGUCCAGCCCGCUCACGCUCACCACCUCGCGCCUCUCGCUGGGCAGCGCGCCGGCCUCCAUCAGCGGCGACCGGCUGGACUUCUCCGCGGACUCCCUGCUCAAGGCCCAGUUCCGGGAGAACCGCACCAACGAGAAGGUGGAGAUGAUGGGCCUCAACGACCGCUUCGCCAGCUACAUCGAGAAGGUGCGCUUCCUGGAGCAGCAGAACAAGAUGCUGGUGGCCGAGCUGAACCAGCUGCGGGGCAAGGAGCCCAGCCGCCUGGGGGACAUCUACCAGGAGGAGCUCAGGGAGCUGCGCAGGCAGGUGGACGGCCUGGGCGCCGGGAAGGCACGCCUGGAGAUAGAGAGGGACAACCUGGCCGCCGACGUGGGCGCCCUCAAGCAGAGGCUCCAAGAUGAAAGUGCUCUGCGGCAGGAUGCUGAAAACAGCUUGAACAACUUCAGACAGGAUGUGGAUGAGGCGGCUCUGAACAGGGUGCAGCUGGAGAGGAAGAUUGAUGCCCUGCAGGACGAGAUCAGCUUCCUCAAGAAGAUCCACGAGGAGGAGUUGCGUGAGCUUCAGGAGCAGCUGCAGGCUCAGCAGGUGCAUGUGGACAUGGACGUGUCCAAGCCGGACCUGACGGCGGCGCUCCGGGACAUCCGCGUCCAGUACGAGGCCAUGGCCAACUCCAACAUGCAGGAGACCGAGGACUGGUACCGCUCCAAGUUUGCGGAUCUGACAGAUGCAGCCACUCGCAACGCAGACGCUCUGAGACAGGCCAAGCAGGAGGCCAACGAGUUCCGCAGACAAGUGCAGGUGCUGACCUGUGACCUGGAAGCUCUUCGUGGAACUAACGAGUCUCUGGAGCGCCAGUUGCGUGACAUGGAGGACCGCUUUGCCAUGGAGACCAACGGUUACCAGGAGACCAUCGGUCGGCUGGAGGAGGAGAUCCAGGGCCUGAAGGAGGAGAUGGCGCGCCACCUGCAGGAGUACCAGGACCUCCUCAACGUCAAGCUGGCCCUCGACAUCGAGAUCGCCACCUACAGGAAGCUGCUGGAGGGGGAGGAGAGCAGAAUCACCGUUCCUGUUCAGAGCUUUGCCAACCUCCAAUUUAGAGACACCCCCAUCAGUUCUGAGGCCCACGUGAAGAGGAGUAUUGUGGUGCGGACCGUGGAGACUCGAGAUGGAGAGAUCAUAAAGGAGUCAACCUCAGAGCGGAAGGAGCUGCCCUGAGCGACUGCAAAGCGCACAAACAACACAAGGACAUGAGGAGCACAGUAGUCUGCUGUUCAUAACAACACAAGGACAUGAGGAGCACAGUAGUCUGCUGUUCAUAACAAAGCACGGCACUCUGUCCUCUUUUGUCUCUCUAGCUUUCUGUCUUUUCCAUGAUGUAGUCUCUCUCUCUAUCUCUCUCUGUCUCUCUCUCUCUCUCUCUCUCUCUUUCACUCUUCGUCACUGAACUAAAACCUGUUCAGUAGAAUUAACAACCCCUCCACACCAUUCCACACCAUAAAGGCAAAAAAAUAAGCUAACAUUCACUGUAACAUAUACUGUAGCAAUGAGACGUGACGAAAACACUGUGCUUUUUAUAGCAGUUUUUGCCAAAUAUAUUUGUGAUACAUCUGAGAUAUCUAUCAGCAUACAGUAGCACUGAAUAAAUUAUGAGAAGAAGAAGGUGACAGCAAAAAGUCUUUAAUUAGAGGUCCUUGGGAGCCUCGUCGCAUUGCCAGAGUGAAGACUGGGACAUGUAGUUUUUUGUGUGUAUAGCAAAAUCCUGAAGAUGUGUAGCAAGUGUCGCUAGUCAGAAAGCAGACAGAGUUAAGUAGCUCACGUUCAGUCAGCAGGGAUGAUGGUUGAAGGUUCGCGGUUUCUAUGUACGUUUGACUUUGUUAAAUGGGUGGCAGAAGAAUGAGGGAAGGAGAAACAGAUCUUGUGCCAUGUUGUAGGAGUAGUAGAGAAGUAUAGAAUGACAAGAGUGUUUGAGUAGAGGGAGUAUAGAAUGAGAAAGUAUAGUGCAAAGUGAUUAGAUACAAAUAGUGUUCUUAAAGGGCCCUUUUCACUCGACGUCAGACACGUUACUUUGAAUGCUGAACAUUUCAAUGCAUUCGAAGCAGG